GCCCCAAGUUCCUCCUCCUCCUCCUCCUCCUCCUGCUUUAGGGUUCUCCUCGUUUCGAAUUGAUCAAUCGACGCGAUUCUUCCGCCAUGGAGGAUCAGGAUGGGAUUCUGUUGAGCAGCCUCGGCGUCGUCUCCGCCAAUCCCGAUGACAUCGAGCGCAACGUUCUCGCCGAGGCCUUCGAGGCAAAAGGCCGUGCUGGAGAUGGUAAAGACAGAGGGGUCCCCGAGGGGGAAGCUCCCGAGAAUUCGGAUAGCAUUGAUCCGUCGUCCUCUGCUCAAGGGAAGCUAUACAAUAAGUUGAAGGCAAUAGAAUUUGAGAUAGAUGCUGUUGCGUCUACCGUCGAGCAGUCGAAGAAUGUUAAGAGCUCUGACGACGGAGCUCAGGAAGGUAGUUAUGGAGGAAAUGAUGGGGAUGAAGAUCCUAGAAACGUUUUUCAGGCUUCUUUUGGCGAUUCAUCCCUUCACCACGCCUUGGCAUCUGAUAGAUUGAGAAGUCUCAAAGAAACUAAGGCCCAGCUUGAGAAAGAACUAGUAGAACUGGGGGAGGGAAACCCUGAUAAGAGCAAAGGGGAUGACAAGAUCUUGAGAAAUCUCGUGAAGGAAAAGCCCAGACUGAAACGAAAAUCUAAAGGAGUUCAGCAACCAAGUAAAAAGCUAGAAAAGCGACAGAAAAUUGUUUCUUUUCGUGAUGACGAUGAUUUUGAUGCGGUUCUGGAUUCUGCAUCUAAUGGCUUUGUCGAAACGGAAAGGGAUGCAUUGGUGCGCAAAGGUGUUUUGACUCCAUUUCAUAAGCUUAAGGGCUAUGAACGUGGUAUUCAAAAUCCAGAGACAUCAAAAAGGUUCAGCCUCUCUGAACAAGAAGCAAGUGGCAAUGACCUAGCUACAACCAGCAUUGAUAGAGCCGUUAGAUCAAUAUCGGAAGCGGCUCAAGCUCGCCCAACCACUAAGCUGGUAGAUUCACAAGCAUUACCAAAGCUUGAAGGGCCCACAACGCCAUUUCAAAGAUUAAAAAAACCUCCAAAAGCUCUGAGUUCCCAUGAAAGUGAGGUGGAAAAAUCUCGAGCAUCUGGGAAGAAGAAGAGGCCUCUGCCGGGCAAGAAAUGGAGAAACAUUGUUUCCCGUGAGGAAAAGCAGUCCACAGAUGAUGAUGACGCAAGUGAUAACUUGGUAACCUCUAGUUAUGAAGGUGACGUACAAGAGGAAGGUGAAGAGGUAGAUAACAGUCUAUCCCCUUGUGUAGUGCUAGAAGGGGGCCUGAAAAUCCCAGAAUCCAUCUUCAACAAACUUUUUGACUAUCAGAAGGUAGGAGUACAGUGGCUGUGGGAAUUGCAUUGCCAAAGAGCUGGUGGGAUAAUUGGAGAUGAAAUGGGUCUGGGUAAAACUAUUCAGGUCUUAUCUUUUCUUGGUGCACUCCAUGUCAGUGACAUGUAUAAGCCAAGCAUUGUGAUCUGCCCUGUUACUCUUUUGCGACAGUGGAAAAGAGAAGCAAAGAAAUGGUAUCCCAAAUUUCAUGUGGAGAUAUUACAUGAGUCUUCACAAGAUAGUUACUCGAAGAAGUUUAAAAACUCUUAUGAAAGUGAUGAUGAGAGUGAAGGUUCGCUUGAUAGUGACUAUGAGGAAACUUCGCGAUCGAAGAACGCCAAAAAAUGGGAUCCACUGAUUAAACGUGUUUUGAGAUCAGAAUCUGGUCUGCUCAUCACUACAUAUGAGCAGUUGCGCUUGUUAGGGGAAAAAUUACUGGACGUAGAAUGGGGCUAUGCAGUUCUGGAUGAGGGACACCGAAUUCGGAAUCCUAAUGCUGAGAUUACCCUUGUUUGCAAACAGCUGCAAACUGUUCAUCGGAUAAUUAUGACAGGAGCACCCAUUCAAAAUAGGCUGACUGAGUUGUGGUCUUUGUUUGAUUUUGUUUUCCCUGGGAAGCUGGGGGUAUUGCCAGUUUUCGAGGCAGAAUUUGCAGUCCCUAUUACGGUGGGCGGUUAUGCCAAUGCUUCACCACUGCAAGUAUCUACUGCUUACAGGUGUGCAGUAGUUCUACGUGACCUAGUCAUGCCUUAUCUUCUUCGCCGGAUGAAAGCUGAUGUCAAUGCACAGCUCCCAAAGAAGACAGAGCAUGUCCUUUUCUGCAGCCUUACUGCAGAACAGCGAUCUGUAUAUCGAGCUUUUCUUGCUAGCUCUGAGGUUGAGCAGAUUCUUGACGGGAGUAGAAAGUCUCUUUAUGGAAUUGAUGUAAUGCGUAAGAUAUGCAACCACCCUGAUCUGCUCGAGAGGGAACACGCACACCACAACCCUGACUAUGGAAAUCCUGAGAGGAGUGGGAAAAUGAAGGUUGUUGCUGAAGUGCUCAAGGUCUGGAAGGAGCAGGGACAUCGUGUUCUCCUUUUUUCCCAAACUCAACAGAUGCUUGAUAUUCUUGAGACUUUCUUGGUUUCUGGUGAAUAUAAUUACCGAAGAAUGGAUGGUGUCACUCCCGUUAAACAGAGAAUGGCUUUGAUAGAUGAGUUCAACAAUUCAGAUGACGUGUUUAUAUUUAUCCUAACGACAAAAGUUGGUGGUUUAGGUACAAAUCUAACUGGGGCUAACAGGGUGAUCAUAUUUGACCCCGACUGGAACCCUUCAACUGAUAUGCAGGCAAGGGAGCGUGCUUGGCGUAUUGGUCAGACACGGGAUGUAACGGUAUAUAGAUUGAUUACUCGAGGAACCAUAGAGGAGAAAGUUUAUCAUCGGCAGAUUUACAAACAGUUUCUCACUAACAAGAUAUUAAAGAAUCCGCAGCAAAGAAGGAUUUUCAAAGCCCGCGAUAUGAAAAAUCUCUUCACUCUUAAUGAUGACGGAGAGAGUGGGGCUACUGAAACGUCAAAUAUCUUCAGUCAGUUGACUGAGGACGUAAUUGUAGUUGCACAACAAAACACGAGGCAGGAUAAGGGUAAAGUACCAAUAGUUGCUGCUUCCAAGGAUGGUGAUUGUGCAAGCAGUCAUGCGGGCAAGUCAAAUACUGGAUCUUCGAGAAAGAAAGGAAAGGAGAGAGUGAAUGAUGAUAGUGGAGAAGCGGACGGAGAAGCUAAUAUCUUAAGGGAUCUCUUAGAAGCCAAUGGGAUACAUAGUGCCGUGAAUCACGAUAUUAUCAUGAAUGCCCAUGAUGAAGAGAAGAUGAGACUUGAAGAGCAAGCAUCCCAGAUUGCACAACGAGCAGCAGAAGCGUUGCGCCAAUCGCGAAUGAUGCGAAGUCGUGACAGUGUGUCAGUUCCAACAUGGACCGGAAAAUCAGGGAUGGCGGGAGCACCGUCAAGUGCAAAGAAGAAAUUUGGUGCUACAGUUAGUUCCAAGUUGUUGAAUAAUUAUUCUAAAAGGUCAUCAGAUGAAUCACCUAGUAAUGGAACAAGCAAUGGCAUUGUGGCUGGUGUCGUAGCUGGGAAGGCAUUAUCUUCAGCAGAGUUGUUGGCUAAAAUCCGAGGAAAUCAACAGAGAGCAUUAUCUUCAGCAGAGCUAGGGUCUGUUUCUGGUUCUGGUGACUUGAGAAGACUGGAUGUGGGGACUUCAACGUCAUCACACAGCUCUUCUCAUGUACAGCCAGAAAUAUUGAUUCGUCAGAUCUGUACAUUUUUACAGCAGAGAGGUGGAAGCACUGACUCGGCCACCAUAGUGCAGCAUUUCAAGGACAGGAUACCUUCCAAUGACUUACCAUUGUUUAAAAAUCUAUUGAAAGCGAUAGCGACACUUGAGAAGGACCCAAAUGGGUCAGUUUGGGUCCUCAAGCCAGAGUAUCAAUGACGGUGUCUCCCCUCCAUUUUGCUUCUUGGGUUGAGUGCAAGUUUGCCUGAUUUUCGUGGCUUCCCAGCUUAUCGAGCUUACGUGGCCACAUUGUUGGUUAUAACUCUGUCUUGCCUUUUUGCUUUCUAGAAUCUUGAUUACAAUUGCAGAUUUUUGUUGUAGAGUGUACAUAAUUCUGGACUUCCAGGGCAGGUUGUAACUGAGGAAAUUAUCAAUAUUGAUCCGACUCAGGUUCUCAA